UGCGCGGGAGAGCUUGACGUAUCACGCACACUGGACGGCGAGAACGUGCAAGCAGCUUCUGAAUCAGUCUGUCAUCACAGCUCAUCUUAUCUGCCACAAGAACAAGUCAGCGAGGAGUUUACAGUGCCUUGGCUGGCUUCUCUGUAUUUCCGUUAUAGUUCAUUGUAGUUUUGUUCUUGGACAAACAUUGGUCAGUGAUCAGCUAGUGAAGGCAACGAGGGAAGUUUUCGAUACAGCUGAGGAUGCUCAUCCUGAACAUUUACUUCGCUGAUCAGGAGCUGGACCGUUGUUAAGAAUUAGUUAUGCUACAGUUAAACGAAUGUCCUGUAUUUAGUUAAAUGAUUUCUUUCAUGUGUGCUUAAACCGUGUGGUAUUCGCUUUUCGAGAAUUAUAGUCAUGAGUGGAAUCGGAUCAGGUGCGCUUAUUCUUUUCGCUCUGUUCUUGCCGUCCACCCGACCCAGCAGCCAGGUGCUCAACUGCCACGAAGUCCGUUCGUCUUUCCAGUCUCUAUAUCCAGGAGUGAAGUGGGCACCAGAAACGCCUGUGUCCGGUGGGGAUCUUCAGGUGUGCCAGCCCAAAGGCCUGACCUGCUGCACACGCAAGAUGGAGGAGCGCUACCUGGUCUCUGCCAAGCAGAACAUGGAGUCCAGUCUGCAGGCCACAAGUGCCCAGCUCAAGCUCCUGAUCAUCCAGAACGCAGCCCUUUUCCAAGAGGCCUUUGAUGUGGUGUUGCGUCUGGGCCGGAACGCCACGCUCCUGAUGCUCCGCGAGGACUUCCCUGGCCUGGGCGGCGGAGCGUCCAGUGCAGUGGGGCAGCUGUUCCUGGAGGUGUCGCUCUACAUCCUGGGCUCGGACUCGCGCGUGGACCACAUGGUGGCCGGCUUCUUCUCGCGCCUCUUCCCGCUGGCCUACCGGCGGCUGCUGGGCGGCGGCACCUCAGCGCCGGCCGCGUCCGACGAGUGCCUGCGCGGGGCCUGGACCCAGGGUCCGUCCGGCGGCGCGUUCGGCGCCUUCCCCAAACUCCUGAUGACCCGCCUGUCGCGCUCGCUGCUGGCCACCCGCGUCUUCCUGCAGGCGCUCAACCUGGGCAUCGAGGUGGUCAACACCACGCAGCACCUGCGGGCCAGCCGGGAGUGCGGGCGUGCGCUGCAUGUCUGGUACUGCCAGCUUGCCAGGGCCUGAGGUGGCGGGCGUCGUGGUCCGGCACUUUAUUGCCUGGGCUCCAUGCAGGGCUGCCUGGGCGGCGCGGCCGAGGUGCAGCCCCACUGGCGGAGCUUCGUGGACGGCCUGGGCUGGCUGGUGGAGAGCAUGCGGGGCGACCAGGACGUGGAGGCCGUGGCGCUGGGCAUCCCCGCGCUGGUCAGGAGCGCACUGCGCCACGCUACCGCCACCAGGAGCCACAUCAACACCAUGGUGAGCAGUGUGUGUGCGCACGCGCCUGCACGUGUCUCGCGGUCCGUAGCGGCCGCCCCAAACCCCCCAAGAGUCGCCCUGGCGUCACGCAACCCCCAACCUGUGGACUUUGACCCUGAGGAGACCCUGUCUGGUCGGCGCAGGAAGUUCAUCUCCGGUCUGCGGGGCUUCGGCUCUUUCUACAGUGGCCUGGGGGAGGCGCUGUGCAGCCGCGAGUCAGCCUUGCUCAACGACUCCCUCUGCUGGAACGGACAGGAAAUGACCGACAAGUUCCCUGGUCCAGGCCUGAGGAAAGCCUCCCAUGGCUCCGACUCCCGGAACAAGCCCCCUGAACCUGUCAUCAGCCAGAUCAUUGACAAACUCAAACACAUCAACCAGCUUUUGCGAGAGGUGACCGUGUCAGAGAAGCGCUGGCGGGCGAGACCAGGAGGGGGCGCUGUGAAGCGUGACCGCGGCGGGCAGAUGGGUGUGGACGAGGACAUGGAGGGUCUGGCCAGUGCAGACUGUGACGACGAGGACGAGUGCACCGGUGUCUCAGGACUGGGCCCGCCCCCACGACACAAGCAGCUCCUCAUCUUCUCUGACUUGGCAGAUAACCUGGCCAUGGAUGACUUCACUUUCCACGAGCUGCUGCUGACGCCGCGGCUGGCUACCGACUCACACAUGGGUCCCUCAGUCCCAGGGAGGGCAGGGUCAGUGUGUGGCCCCAGCUCGGCCCUCCUGCUCCUGGUCCUCACCACCCUCAUCCAUCUUCGACCUCAGUGACCACUCCAGCUCCCUCACCACAGCAUUUCUUCCCUGGACAUGAGGAGUGCGUCCAGAGGUGGGGUUUGAGGGGACGUUUCCAAACCGGUGGAAUCUUGUUUCUUUUUUUUUCCUUUUUUUUCGUUAUCUUUGAGUGGCACGGAGGUCUCCUUAUACAUUUUGCACAAUCUUGAGUGGACUGGCACCACCAGUGAGACACUAAACGUCUCACUUUCUUCUCGCUGUCUGUGGCACGGGCUGUCCCAGUUCUGUAUAAAAUGUACAAAUAUUUAUUUGUUGUAAGACGCUCUGUGUGUGUGUGUGCGGUAGCUUCAGUUACCAAGCAAGCCAACUGGGACGCAAUAGCAUGUAAAUAAGUUACCUAGCAACCCUGUCCAAUGUUUUAUCCAUCCAGGCUAGUAUCGUGUUACAAUUACAGUAUGUGUUACAGAAAAAGCAUUCAAUGCCUUUGGCUGGUAAGUGACGUGUUUUAAGUGUUCUCCCUUGGAAAAGUGGGCGUGGCGUUGAGUGUUACAGACGCACGAGUGCUGCUGAAUUGGUAGAGCUGUGACUAAUGGAGUCUGGAAAACUCUGGCUCCUCCAGUGGACACAAAUCUUCUGUGACUUCUCAACAAACUAUUUUACUUCCCAGCACCCACAAAAAACACACACUCACACAUACACACUGUGAAACACACACACACACACACACACACACACACACACACACACACUGUGAGAGACACACUCACACACACAGCAUUAAAGCACACCUCUUCCGCUCAUUUCCUGUGCUGUAAAUGACCCACAGAGGAGAGAUCAAGGGAUUGGUGUAUCGUUGUGAAACCUUUUUCCCUGAGGGGUGACACCCAGCUGUGGUUCUUGCCUUGGAAAUUCACUAUCAAAAUGUUUGGUCAGGGUUCUCUUGCUUACUCUCCCUCUCCAUCUUCCCAGCUCUUUUCUGCCCUCAUAUUUCUCAUUUGUGUACAAGCACACCUCUCUCUCUCCCCUUCUGCUCACAUGUUAUCAUACAUGCACAUUACACCCAAAUUCGUACUCUCAUUGACACACACACACACACACAGACAGACACACUCUGUCUCUCUUGGGUCAUGGCUUAAUGAGGCUGUCAUUAUGCCAGUGUGAUGAAAGGUUGCUCCUGAGUGGCGACCCCUCCAAGUCCCACUCUCAUCUCCAGUGAUACGCUACCAUGGCAACUGCAUCUAGGAGGGCAUGCUCUUAGGUGAUGGACAGAUUCAUCAGCAUGUUUCAAGUGUUUUGCAUUGCUUAGCGAAAACACCCCUUUGCCCCAACCAAAACGCAUCCACUAACCAAGGGCUAAGAAAUGUUUAAUUUAACACCAGCUGUGUGUAAUGUCUCUCAUCAUAAUUAAAAGGAUUUCAACUAAUGUGUUUUCCUCGUCUAGACAGCUUCCACAUGUGAGAUAGUGAGAUAUCAGUUGUACAGUUUUGUGACAAAUCUACUUGUUUUAUUUCAUGACGCUGCAUAUUUAAUGUCAGUGAUGGAACUGGGGGCUUUUGCGGACCUGUUAGCUUUGUCUAGAUGAGAAUUUUUCAGUGUUUCUAUAGAAACUCUUUUUUAAUAACAAAUGAAGACAUGAAUUAAGUGUAUGACAUUACCAAACAAUGUAGUAAACAAACCACAUUUUCUCCGUCUGUAUUUAGUCAUGAAUAAAUCUUUACAAAGUUCAUUAAAAACAAACCAAUGUAACCUUCGACAAUAAUACAGUCAUGAAAUCCAUAGUUUACACCAAGGUGUAUUAAAAUGCUCAUUGACACCAAUAGUUUUACAGUUUUACAUGGUGCAUAAUGAAACGCUGAC